AUGGCGAAGGGACAAUGGCGACGACGAAGGCAAAGCGUGCACUGCCGCGGACGCUGGUGCGGCAGCAGGUCUCGACGCCGCGAAUCGGCCAACACUUUCAGCCGGCUUGAGAAGAUGUUGGGCGCCAAGGCAGAGUUGCAGCUCCACUCGCAGAGCCACCUGCGGGAGGCGAAGCCGUACCGGUGCGGCCAGUGUAGCAAGGCGUUUGCCAACGCGUCGUACCUGUCCCAGCACGCCCGCAUCCACCUGGGCAUCAAGCCGUACCGGUGCGAGAUGUGUGGGCGCAAGUUCACGCAGCUGUCGCACCUGCAGCAGCACGUGCGCACCCACACGGGGGACAAGCCGUACAAGUGCCACCACCCGGACUGCAGCAAGGCCUUCUCGCAGCUGUCCAACCUCCAGUCGCACUCCCGCUGCCACCAGGCGGACAAGCCCUUCAAGUGCAACUCGUGCUACAAGUGCUUUUCGGACGAGGGCUCCCUGCUCGAGCACAUCCCGCGCCACCGCGACUCCAAGCACCUUAAGACGCACAUCUGCCACCUGUGCGGAAAGAGCUACACCCAGGAGACCUACCUCGUCAAGCACAUGCACAAGCACGCCGACCGGGCCGCCGCCCUUACCGCCCGGGCGUCCCCACCAGAGGCCUCGGAGGCGGCUUUCUGGCAGCAGAAGGCCCCAGAGGGGCUGGACGAAGGGGACCACUCCCCACCAGACUGCCAGCUGCAGGCUGGGGCGGGCUGCGACUCGAGGUUGCAACACCUGGCCAUACGGGGCUCUCUGGCCGACGACCCCUACGGACCGGACUCCCCCACGGCGGGUGUGAACGCGGCGACGACGACGGCGGCGGCCAAGGGGGCGACCUCAGCCUUCACCCCGAUUCAGUCAAGUAACCAGGGGUCCAAUGCGGGGCGCGGGGGCACGGCCUACUUCCAGUACGACCCCUUCCCGGCGGCGGCCAAGCAGCCCCAGCAAGCGCAGGAGCAGAAGGGCUCCUCCUUCCCCAGCCAGCUCAUCUCUCUGCACCAGAUCAGGAGCUUCGCCUCAAUGCCCAGUAUGGCGGCGGACCAACACCACCCCAUUACGCUCGGCGGCAAGGACGCCAGCAAGCAGUAGCGCAGACCGGACCCUCGUGUGCCGUCACGCCCGGCGUCAAACGUCGGGGGUCUCCCUCUCCCCCCUCGUCGUCCUUGUGUGCGGUUGUCUGUCUUCAAAAGGCAUCUUCCCUCCCCCGCCCUCUCCAUCUCUGGUCUGGAACCUACGUGCGUGUCUUGGCGUCGUGCUCGUCCGGCUGACUCGGGGCCAUGCUGCGGCCCCGACGGAUGUGAGAGACGCCACUUCCCUCGAUGCCACGGUGCCGGGGACAUUUGGCCACAGACAGUGUGGAACGGGGGAAAUGGGUGCUAGGCAUAGAGGAAAAAGGGAUGGCUUUAGGGCAAGACCGGUAUUCUUGGCCAUACUGAUCUGUACAUGGUGCCGAAUUGAAUAUGGGAAAGUAUGGAAACUGGUCAUCCGAACAAGUAUAGCCUUUUUUAUUUAAGUAAUGGUAACCAAAACAAUCGUCCAUUCGCCCAUUGGGUUUAUCCUUCCCAUAAAGAACCGUUCACCUGAGCAUUCUUUUUUGUUCAGAAUACUCGGGUUUUGGCAAGCGAAGCAAGCCCCUAUAGCUACAAAUCCACCCCUUUUGGAAAAAUGUGUAAUCAUAUUGGCAUCAAGUUUUUAAUUUUUCUUUUACCAGUGCAUAUUUCUGUUUUCCACCGUCUUGCCUGGCAACCCUUUUACUUUCUGUGACCACAGGUAGCACCGUGUCCUUCGCUACAUCCCUUUGGGCUGCAGCAUGAGUUUUGGUCCAGUUGGCCAUGGUUGUGUUGGAGGCGAGGCGUAGUGUUGUUCGACUUGUGUUCAUUUGGGUCAGUGGGUCGCACGGGGUGUGCCUUGAGGUUGUUGUCGACAGUCCGGGGUCCCGCGGUUCAGACAGAUCUGCUCAGCGCUGUCCCUUUCUGGUUUUCCCCUCCUCUUCAGGCCUUGUCGUUGAGUUGCUCUCUGCUCUAUCUUUGUUACCAGGCCCGCUCAUCUGACAGUGUUGAUGUCAUCUGGCCACCCCAGGGGCAACCACCAAGAUGCAUCUGUUUCGCACUGCUCCCAUUUUAUUUCAUUAUGAGAUCAACUUGUUUCAAUGCUGGUGGUGUGUCAGAGGCAUUCAAUUCCCAUUUUCGGAAGUUUAAAUUGUUUUAAAAUGUGUGUUUGAAUCAAGAGCAAAGGUUCACACGUAAUAAAACGGCGAAUAGAACAGAAGAAGAAAGAGCUCUUUCUUCACUUGCUGUGUUGGUCAUUUUGACUUAAAGGUAAAGCAACGAAUAGAGCACUAAACAGACUAAAUUUACACCGAUGUUCACGAAUAGAUUGGGUUCAGAUGAAUGGUAAUGAAGGCAGGAUGCUUUCAAGCUUCUCCCUUUGAGCGAGUGAAUGAACAAGGACGAUGCAAAUUUAGUGGUGCUCUUGGGGUUGUCGGAACAGUGAUGGGCUAUUCUUCGUGUCUGUCUUGACAGUGGUGCAAUCGUCCGUAGUUGCCUUCUUCCUCUCCUCUCUGGGUGCAAUGGUGCCAGCCUCUGGCCUUGCGCUUGUGCCUUGCAAGGUUGUUUGCCCCCGGGCUAACUAUACCCAGCACUGAUCCAUUGGCGGCAAUCGCGUGGAGUAGCGGCACAGAAUUCGCUCAGCAGUGGCAUGAACGUCUCGAAGGGUGUCGACCAUUUGGGGAAAAUCCUGGAAUUGAUGGAAACUUGGCCAUAAAGUGACCAUACUGGUCACCGUUUGGUAACUUCUGUACAGUUGUGGUAAUUGCAUGGAGCUGUUGUAAAAGGUUCCGGCUUGCUAGAAAUCUCACCAGGAAAAAAUAUGUCCUGGAUGCCCCGGCUUAAUUUGGACAUUUCACGAGAAACGGCAAGAAAAGAACUGUAAAAUUGGAGGACUGUACGGUUUUCACAAUGGCAGACACACUGCUCUUGGUCUUGGUAGGGUUACAAAUUUCGUGCCUUUCAGAAGGAGCUGUGCCUAAGCGUCUCUUGAAUGAGCGCCGAGGCAGAAGCAAAGCUGAUGACACCGACUCAGUAGACAAGUCAUUUUGAAGAAAAUGAUUCUGCCCAGUACUGGAGCCUAGAUCAGGACACUUGGAUCUUUGAAUGCUCGAGUAACCUGAGGUUGGCACCCCGUCUUCACAUAUUGAUGUCUUUCCUGUGCCAUUUUCCUUCUCCCCCUCUUAUGCCCUGUUGGCAGCACCUGUUUGUUCGUCUCUGUAGCCCCCUGGGUGAAGUGUGUUUGUGAGUGGAUAGGUGUGCUUGCUUUCUUUCUUUUUUUUUUUUUUUUUUUUGUUAUUAUUUCUGGGUAUUGGCAACACGUCCCUGGUGAUGUUCGAGAUGCUAUAAAGAGGUCUUUUCUCAAGCGAGGCGGAAUCGGUCGUACCUGCUGUCACGACUGUGGCAAAUGGACAAUAGAAAAAUUUGUUUUUGUCUAUUUGCACGGAAAAAAGAAAAAAAGAUGCGCUGCAAUGAUUGCCGCUAUUUUGUGAAUGCUGCAGCGUCUCUGGACGAGUGCGUUGGACGCUGUUCUUCCAUUGUGCCAUGCAGAAGUUUAGGGGAAGUUGGUCGAAGGCGGUCUCUUCGAAGUGCUUUAGUGCUCGCAAGAAUGGCGGCCGAAUGGGGAUUGUGAAUUUGGUUUUUAAAUGGCUCCGGGUGACUUCCCAAGAACGAGGGGCAUGCUUGGACGUAGGAAGUUCACUUUUGGAGCUAGGACACCACCAGUUUUGCGCCAUUUUAUUUCUUUUUAUUUGUUUGUGAGGUUUUUAGUGUGUUAUCCAUCGAGGCAAGUAAAAAGCAUUCGUUGUUCGUCUUAUGUUUUUCGCAUUUGUUUUAACUUGUGCAUGUUUUAUGUUGACUUUGGUGACCACCGACCCGACGCCACGACAGUGUUUGCUUUUGGGUUAGGUUUCCAGUUUCAAAACAUUGAGGCACCGCUGCGUGUACGGCCUUUAACGCGAAUUUUCUUAAAUGGCGUUUUAAAGGGAUACUGGACCGAAAUUUGGAUUUCGCAAAAUAAGGCCGCAGAAGGGUUGAACGGGAUGCUACGAACUCCAAAACAUCACUCGUACAUCGAUAUCUGAAACGAAUGGCCAUAUUUUUGGAAAAGGAGGGCGCGAUCAAGUGAGGACUCUGACGUCACGAUCCCCCUGGAACACUUAAGAAGGAGGGGAGUGGCAUCGCAUCUCUCCUCCUCUCUUCGGUUGACCAGCUCGACGAGACGAAGCGAGGAGGAGAGGGAAUGAGUCGUGACGUCACAUGUCUCGUCGGCCGUUAGAGACACACCGUGGUUAGAGAUAUGGUUGUAUGAGUGGUGUUUUGAAGUUCUGCAGGGUCCCGCCUAUCGCUCCAGCCCUGUUUUGCGAGCUCGAAAUUUCGGUUCAGUAUUCUUUUAAUGCAGACAUUUCUUUCCGCAUCUUAAAUUUUGUCAUCAAUUAAAAAAAAACAUUUGAAGAUCUUUUAAAUAUUUUUUUAAUGUUUUCUCAGGGAAAAUCUGGCUUUACGUAUAUGGUUCAGAUUGGCGAACCGACGUUUUAUUUGUGUUUGUUUUUUUAGCGACUCAUGAUUCAUCUGGGCUAGCGCGCUUAGUUUUGCUGCUGUUUGCUCCCUGUGGAACUUCGUGAAAGCAGCAUCGCGGCCCCUGUAAAUUGACAUAAGACGAACAGGCACCAUCAUUUCCGAGUUUGUUGGUGGUGUUGUUUCUUACCGUUCCAGCAGAGUCAAGCUGGUCUUCACCGUAUAGAAAAAGCCAUCUCUCACUUUUCACGUGUUGCGACUGUGUGUGUGCGUGUGUGUGUGAGCGCGCGCGUGCUUGACGUGGAGACUGGCGUGGGGGUCAUGGAAUGAUUGUGUUCCCACUCAUACUUUCGUUUCUUUGUCGAAAUAAAAAUUUCUGACGCACC